AUGGGGGAGCCCCUCCUCACCUCCCUCUCCAUGGAGAACAGCAACAGCCACCCCUGCACGCUCCUCUCCAUGGACCCUGCCGGUUCGCACCCGGCCUCCGCCGAGUCCUCAGGUGGCGGUGGCGCUGCCACCAAUGGGGUUGGGGUUGGUAGUGGUGGUGACCGGGAACUCUUCAUCAUUCCACGGCGUGAGCCAGCGCACCCAGGUCCGCCGGACAUCAACCUCCCGCUCUCUGCAGAUCCCUCACCGACGCCUCCGUCAUGGAGCCUCGACACGUUCGACAUACUCGAUGUCACUCUUGGAACACACAACUAUGAGUCCGAGGUCGCGCUUACACUUCCAAAGUCGACUGGCAACGGCAACGGCAACGGCAACGGCAAUGGCAGUGCCACUAUCGGUGUUGGCGCGAGGAAGUGUGCUAAGAGAGGAGACAGCAUCUGGGGUGCAUGGUUCUUCUUUAAUCACUACUUCAAGCCUGCACUUGUGGAGAAGCCAAAGGGGAAGGUGACGCGAGACGCUUCUGGGAGCAUCUCGGGCUUCGACAAAUCUGAUCUCCGCCUUGAUGUCUUCCUGGUGCAGCAUGACAUGGAGAACAUGUACAUGUGGGUUUUCAAGGAGCGACCUGACAAUGCCCUUGGGAAGAUGCAGCUCCGGAGCUUCAUGAAUGGGCACUCCAAGCAUGGGGAGCCAUCUUUCCCGUUCAGUGCCGAUAAGGGCUUUGCCAGGUCACACCGUAUGCAGCGAAAGCACUACCGUGGGCUGUCGAACCCGCAGUGCCUUCAUGGGAUUGAGGUCGUGGGCUCACCAAAUUUGUCAGCAGUUCCUGAGGCAGACUUGAAGAGGUGGGCUGAACUGACAGGCAGGGAACUUAAUUUCUCAAUACCAUCUGAAGCCAGCGACUUUGAGUCAUGGAGGAAUCUUCCCAGCACUGAUUUUGAACUUGACAGGCCACAUCCACCGGCAGCAAAGAGUGCCACACAUGGAUCUCAUAGCCAUAAGAAGGGAUUGAAUGGUUCAGGUCUCAACCUUUCAACUCCACCAUCAUCAGACGAUGGGAUGGACCUUUCACCAAAAUGUGCCAAACGCCGCAAGGAUUUCUUUGGCCAUGGCGUAGAGGAGGACUGUGUGAUGGCAAACAAUUCUUGUUCUGACAGAGAGCAAGAGGUAGAAGCUCACACUGGCGAGCCAUCAUGGAUGCACGAGUUCACUGGUGUGGCCAAGCAUGCAAGCGGGCCUGUCACUGCUGCCAAGACGAUAUACGAGGAUGAGGAAGGGUACUUAAUCGUGGUGAGCAUGCUUUUCUCCGAUCCACACAGCGUCAAGGUGUCCUGGAGGAACACGCUGACGCAUGGCAUUGUGAAGAUAACAUGCGUGAGCACUGCCCGGAUGCCCUACAUCAAGAGACAUGACAGGACGUUCAAGCUGACGGACCCUUUCCCUGAGCACUGCCCUCCUGGUGAGUUUGUGAGAGAGAUACCUCUGGCCACACGGAUUCCAGAAGACGCAAAGAUUGAGGCGUAUUAUGAUGAGACAGGAACUAGACUGGAAAUCAUGGUCCCAAAGCACCGGGUUGGACCAGAGGAGCAUGAAGUUCAGGUGUGCAUGAGGCCCCCACAUCUUGGUGACAACGAUCUUGUGCUAUCCUAG